GCUGCAGGGACCCGGCCCGAGGAUGCCAGCCCCCAUCAGACUCCGGGAGUUGAUCCGGACCAUCCGGACUGCACGCACACAGGCAGAAGAAAGAGAGAUGAUUCAGAAAGAAUGCGCUGCUAUCCGAUCAUCCUUUCGAGAAGAGGACAACACAUACCGCUGCCGGAAUGUAGCUAAAUUGUUGUAUAUGCACAUGUUGGGCUAUCCUGCCCACUUUGGACAGCUGGAGUGCCUAAAACUGAUUGCCUCUCAGAAGUUCACAGACAAGCGCAUUGGAUAUCUUGGAGCCAUGUUACUCUUGGAUGAGAGGCAGGAUGUUCAUCUCCUCAUGACCAAUUGCAUCAAGAAUGACCUUAAUCACAGCACGCAGUAUGUGCAGGGCUUGGCACUCUGCACCUUGGGCUGCAUGGGCUCUUCUGAAAUGUGCCGGGACCUUGCUGGGGAGGUGGAGAAGCUUCUGAAGACUUCUAACUCCUACCUGAGGAAAAAGGCAGCCCUUUGUGCAGUUCAUGUGAUCAGGAAGGUUCCUGAGCUGAUGGAGAUGUUUCUGCCAGCCACAAAGAAUCUGCUGAAUGAGAAAAACCACGGUGUCCUUCACACUUCCGUUGUCCUCCUCACUGAAAUGUGUGAAAGAAGCCCAGACAUGCUUGCCCACUUCAGAAAGCUUGUACCCCAGCUUGUUCGCAUUCUGAAAAACCUUAUUAUGUCAGGCUAUUCUCCAGAGCAUGAUGUUUCGGGUAUCAGUGACCCCUUUCUGCAGGUUCGAAUCCUGCGGUUGCUGAGAAUUCUGGGCCGAAAUGAUGAUGACUCCAGUGAAGCAAUGAAUGAUAUUCUUGCACAGGUGGCCACAAACACGGAAACAAGCAAAAAUGUGGGAAAUGCCAUUCUUUAUGAAACCGUCUUAACUAUCAUGGACAUAAAGUCUGAAAGCGGCCUGAGAGUGCUGGCCAUUAACAUUCUUGGUCGGUUUUUACUCAAUAAUGACAAGAAUAUAAGAUAUGUAGCUUUGACAUCCUUGUUGAAAACUGUGCAGACUGACCACAAUGCUGUCCAGCGACAUCGGAGCACCAUUGUGGAUUGCUUAAAGGAUCUGGAUGUCUCCAUCAAACGGCGCGCAAUGGAACUCAGCUUUGCUCUUGUGAAUGGGAACAACAUUCGGGGAAUGAUGAAAGAGUUGCUAUAUUUUUUGGAUUCUUGUGAGCCAGAGUUCAAGGCUGAUUGUGCAUCAGGAAUAUUUCUUGCAGCAGAAAAAUACGCUCCUUCUAAACGCUGGCACAUAGAUACCAUCAUGCGAGUCUUGACAACGGCAGGGAGCUAUGUUCGUGAUGAUGCUGUGCCCAACCUUAUCCAACUCAUUACCAACAGCAUAGAGAUGCAUGCCUACACUGUACAGAAACUCUACAAAGCCAUUCUGGGAGAUUAUUCCCAACAACCCCUGGUACAGGUGGCUUCCUGGUGCAUUGGUGAAUAUGGAGAUCUCUUGGUAUCCGGUCAGUGUGAGGAGGAGGAGCCAAUCCAGGUCACAGAGGAUGAAGUCCUUGAUGUUCUGGAAAGUAUCCUUGUCUCCAACUUGACGGCAUCAGUCACACGGGGCUACGCCCUCACUGCCAUCAUGAAACUCUCAACGCGGUUCACUUGCACAGUCAAUCGCAUUAAGAAGGUGGUCUCUAUAUAUGGCAGCAGCAUUGAUGUGGAGCUCCAGCAGAGGGCAGUGGAGUACAAUGCCUUAUUCAAAAAGUAUGACCACAUGAGGUCAGCACUGCUUGAACGUAUGCCAGUUCUGGAGAAAUUGGCAGCUAACGGUCCUACAGAUGUUACUCAGCCCAAUGGGGAAGCAGAGCCAAUAGUCUUGGAGACCAAGCCACCUCUGUCCAGCUUGCCACCAGCCAGCCAGGCCAAUGACCUACUGGAUCUUUUGGGAAGCAAUGACAUCACUCCCGUCAUAUCAACGGCCCCUUCCAGCAAGGCAGCUUCUGCUGGUGGGGAGCUGCUGGACCUUCUUGGGGAUCUCAAUCCAACAACAGGUCUUCCAGCUCCUGCCCCACAGAUACCACAGUCUCCAUUUCUGUUGGACGGACUUUCUUCACCACCCAUCUUCAAUGAUAUACCUUCUGGCAUUCCUCCAAUCACAGCCUACAACAAGAACGGCCUGAAGAUUGAUUUUGCUUUUGAGCGCUCCAAUACAAACCCCAGUGUCACCGUCAUCACCAUACAGGCGUCCAACAGCACUGAUUUGGACAUGACAGAUUUUGUUUUCCAGGCUGCAGUACCAAAGACAUUCCAGCUGCAGCUCCUGUCUCCGAGCAGCAGCAGCAUCCCAGCAUUUAACACAGGGACCAUCACACAAGUCAUCAAAGUCCUGAAUCCGCAAAAGCAACAGCUCCGCAUGCGGAUCAAGUUGACAUACAACCACAAGGGCUCGGCAAUGCAGGACCUGGCAGAGGUCAACUCUUUCCCUCCCCAAUCCUGGCAGUGAGCUCUGCUCUCCUCACCCUACCUGGUUGGCCAAAGGAACGUUGGGCAGAGCCUGUGACUCCAGAGGCUCCCCAGCCUCCCUGUGGCUGGGGGAGCUG